AGUUAAUAGCAACCAAACCCGAAGGUCGAACUUAAACUAUAUUAUUUGCGUGCCCUGCAUCUAACUUAAGUAGUGUAGUCGUUCUCUUUGCCCGCGAGGAACACAUUUGCCAUCUAAAGACAUUUUCGGAAAAGUUAUUGUUGGCUAUUUCUCUUACAAGCUAUUCCGGUGAACAACAAAGAUGACUACCGUAGUGGUUACACAGCAGCCAGGGGCCAGACAGAUGUUGAUCGGGUCCGUCCAAGGCCACAGGGACUGGGAUAGCGGGCUUUUUGCCUGCUGCUCCGACUGCAAAUCAUUAUUGAUUACGUAUUUCUGCCUGCCGUGCGCAAUCUGUAACAUCUCGACACGGGCGGGAGAAUGUAUGUGCAUGGCCUGGUGUGUCACCGGGGGUUUAAUAGCUCUCAGGGCCCGAAUCAGGACGCUUGGAGGAAUCCAGGGUUCCAUCUGCGGUGACUGCAUGGUGAUGUCGUGUUGCGGCAUGUGUGCCAUUUGCCAAAUGCAAAGAGAACUGGAAGCUAUGGGCCUCUAAAUUGACCAGCAGCCCGGGCCAUUUAUGAUAGUGAGAUGAUUUCGAAGAGAUAUCGUGCACCUUUAUUUACCUUGCAUUUAAAUGAAGAUAAUACAUGUUGUUUUGUCAACAGAGUAACUUUACGACUGUUUAUUCUGUAUAUGUAAGAACAAAUUGUUUAUUAAUUCGUGCGAUAUUAAAGCAUGAGAAAUAGGUUUUUUUUGUAUUAUUUUGGUGGCAAUAAAUUAUCAAUGUUUACUAAUCGAUACCAAUCUGUGGAUUCUCAUAUGGGCUUAAUUCUACUUCAACAUUGACCUGUUUGUGUGUAUACUACAUUAAAAGUAAAGGUAGAAGAAUUAACACAGAUGAGUUUAAAAUACGUUUGCAAACCAUAUUUUAAAAGGUAGUUAUCCAAAACGUCAAGUGAUCGUAUAACUUGGUUGUAUUUGAGUUGUGAAAACUAUGCACAGAUUAUAAGUAUCUCCCAUGACCGAGAGUGAUCAUUCCGACCCGAGCGUAGGGUGUUUUGCGGAAACGAGGUUUACCGAGUUUCCGCAAAACACCCUGCGCGAGGGUCGGGAUGAACAUAUCUUAUACGAGCGGCUAUGGUAGAUGCUUUUUCUCCCAUCUCAGUUAAACAAAAUUAAGUAAAAAUGUAUUUUUUAAUGGAACUCUUUUUUGCUUAGUGAAAAUAAUUGCGUAUAGAUAUGCGAUAGCACGUGGUUGUCAUGGAUAUACGCGCAGUGAUCCAGUUAAUGUUAAUAGUCAAAUCGGUUUUUUUUAAAUAGUUCUAAGGAGAAUGAAGCAUUAUUUCUUGAAUGGUGCAUGAAAACAGUUUUAUGAUGUCAAUUGAAGCGAGAAAUAAUUAAUUAGCGUUCUAAAUAUUACAAUAAGACAAGAUUUCUUUGAUGCUACUGACAACAGUCGUCAACAAGGGAGGUAAUUACAAUGUGGUAAAGGAGUUCCAUACGGGCAUUUUAUCUUCGCCCGUGGGCAAGAUAAGAAUAUCUAGCAUGGUUAAAUUAUUGGAUCUACUUAUCUUAGGUGGGAGAAUAUAAGUAUCUUCCAUGGCCGAGAGUGUAAGAUAGGUUCAUUCCGACCCGAGCGUAGGGUGUUUUGCGGAAACGAGGUCUACCAAGUUUCCGCAAAACACCCUGCGCGAGGGUCGGGAUAAACCUAUCUUACACGAGCGGCUAUGGUAGAUGCGUUUUCUCCCACCUCAGUUAAACAAAAUUUAGUUAAAAUGUAUUGCGUACGGAUAUGCGAUAAUUCGUGGUUGUCAUGGAUAUUCGCGCAGUGAUUCAGAGUGUGUUAAUGGCCUGAUCGGUCUUUAAAUAGUUCUAAGAAGAGUGAAGCAUUAUUUCUUGAAAUAUGCGUGAAAACUAUUUUCUGGUGACAUUUGAAGCGAGAAAUAAUAAACUAGCGUUCUAAAUAUUGCCACAAGGCAAGGUUUCCAUGAUGCGCUACAGACGACAGUCUUAAACAAGGGAGGUAAUUACAAUGUGGUGACCACUAAAAGAAGUUCCAUACGGGCAUUUUAUAUUCGCCCGUGGGCAAGAUAAGAAUUUCUAGCAUGGUUAAAUUAAUGGAUCUACUUAUCUGAGGUGGGAGAAAGUGUUAUCUUAAUUUGGCUAUCAAUGUAAGCUUAGAUAUAGGAGGAUAGGUACAUAUAAGUGUAAUAUUAUUUAUUUCCUUCUUGCAACUCUUAUCCUUCCCAGGCAUUAUUCAAGAUGUAUGCAUGUUCUUAGCAAUCAAAGGUACACAAGAGACCCAAACUAUUAUUGAAAAGACCCCAACUUUUUGUCAAUUAGAACCAGAAACAAUAAAGAGAUCACAACCUUUUUCAUCAGCUGACUUAAGAUCUGUCAUGCAACUGGAAAAAUAUAAAGGAGCCAGAAAAAUAGCUGAGAAUCUAAAGGUCGUUUUCUCUUGCAUUUUUCUUCCGUUUAAUAACUGUAAGAUUUCAAAUUCUACGAUGUUUUAAAAAUGUAAAUUUAUUAUUAUUUGUGUCCGGGUGUAUGUUCAAUAAAAUAAACAGUAUAAACACA